CAACAAACAACGGGACCCUAACUUGCAGCACAUGCGCAAAGGAGCACCGACUGAGCUCUGAACUUCCUAUCCGAGCCUAACAACAUGACAGAAGUGCACAAACGUCGAAGCGACACAACCUCGUCAGCAGAAGGCGCAUCAUUUCGAGCCGAGAAGAAUACUUUGAGUGAUGGCUCAACAAUUCUUCACAAGCUGCUGGCAGCUGCUUUUUACGGAGUCAGUUCGUUCCUCAUCGUUGUUGUGAACAAAAGUGUUCUCAGCAGCUACAGGUUUCCAUCAUCGACAUGCCUUGGAAUUGGUCAAAUGCUAGCAACAGUGGUAGUGCUGAGAACUGGCAAAAUGCUAGGCUUCAUCUCCUUUCCAGAUAUGAACAUGCAUAUACCACAUAAGUCUCUCCAGAUGUUUCCACUGCCGCUACUCCAUGUUGGGAAUCAAAUAUCUGGAUUAUUCGGAACACAACGACUCAACUUACCCAUGUUUACAGUCCUGCGGAGGUUCAGCAUUCUUUUUACCAUGCUGUGUGAAGGCAUCUUGUUAGGGAAGACGUACUCAUCGGCGAUUAAAAGCACGGUGUUCACCAUGAUCUUUGGAGCGUUGAUUGCCGCCAGCGCCGACCUAGCCUUUGACCUCCAAGGCUACGUCUUCAUCAUGCUGAACAAUAUCCUGACGGCAGCCAACGGUGCUUACAUGAAGCAGAAACUGGAUGCAAAGGAUUUGGGUAAAUUUGGACUUCUCUACUACAACGCUCUAAUCAUGAUCUUACCAACAUCGGCGUACGCCUACUACACAGGGGACUUGAAGAAGGGUUUGGAGUAUGAUGGAUGGUCUGACCAGAUGUUUGUCACGCAGUUUGUCCUCUCUUGUGUCAUGGGAUUUAUUUUAAUGUACUCCAUCAUGCUGUGCACUCAGUACAACUCUGCUCUCACCACCUCCAUCGUGGGCUGCAUCAAGAAUGUCAUCGUGACGUACAUCGGAAUGGUGUUUGGUGGAGACUACAUUUUCUCUUGGACUAAUUUUAUGGGUUUGAACAUAAGCAUUGCGGGUAGUCUGGUGUAUUCCUUCAUCACCUUCACACAAGAGCAAAAAAAAAACAUGUAAAAUUCAAGAGUUCAAUCUUGAAGGAACGUCCCCCACAAUUGAUUUUCCUGGUGUAUUGACUGUCUUUUUUAAAAAUCUUUAUUACAAAGUGGUUUAAAAUUUAAUUGUUUUUCUUUGUAUUAAAUAUAUCCAAUUAUUUUAUUUAUGCAGUCUUGGGAUACAGAUUUUAUUUAGGUGUCAUUUACAGAAGGGAAAAAGCAAAACAUCACUCCAAGAAAAAAGAAAAUUGGAUGUUUGAGACAAAAGCAUCUUCAUCUGGAGUGCAGGGUGAAAGAAAGCUUGAAGACUUGGAGGCUCCUUGAGCAGGUUUUUUUGUUUGGAUCAUCCUGGUGUGUUAACACAUCCAAGACAAUAGAGUGUUGAUUUGUUUUCUGAGUAUGAGCCUAAAAUUAAUUUCGGAAGGACUAAAAAGUCACAAAAUGGAAAACCAAUGGAAUGGGUACUUUUUAAAAUGACUUUUCGAAGCAACUCAGGCUUAAGAAAAAACAAAUCCAUGAUUAUUUUUUUUAAAUGUACCAAUGGAUGUUAAGAAAUCCAUACAAAGCUUGAAAAAUCCCCGACAUUCUGUUUUGUGUAAAAAGAAAAAGCCAAAGAAAAAGAAGCAAGAUUAUGAAAAAAAAAUAAUAAUCCAAAAAUACAGCCAUCUUUGUACAUGCGUUACAAUACAGGACAUCACUGAUGUCAGCUGCUGGACACAAACAAACCUGCAGUGGUUUAUUUCUCAGACUGGAGCACAACGGCUUUGUCGUGUGGGAAAUGAAAUUCUGCUGCUGCAUCAUAUCAUUUACCACAGAAAUGUACAAUCAAAGUGCAACUAAAGUCAGCUGGCAACUUCACCAGCUUAGAGUGUGUGUGUGUGUGUCUUAGCAGAAAACUAAAUCCUUAAAAACCUGCUCCGGUAACGUUCAAAUGGCUUGAAAGGCAAAUACCCAUCAUAGACUUUGUUAAAAAAUAUAAAUAUCUUGUGUACAAAAAUAUUAAUGGGAAUUGUUUUUUUUUCUUUGAGUACAAAUUGAAAAAAAAAAAAAAAACAGGAGAGAUUCUUGGCAAAAUGUCAGUCAGUCAAGUACUUACAAUGAGUACUGGUUGGAGCAUUGCAGACCGGUGCUACAUGGAUGGGCUCAAGAGAGAGAGACAGGUCUCUUGUUGAUGACCUCAUCGUCACGGCAACACUUUCCUUGUGUCCGUUAGCAGGGAAAGAGAUGACCCAAGAAAAUCAACAUCCACGUGAGUCCACAUUAGCAGAGCUUUGUGAGGCUUCAGUUCUCUUGUGUUCUAGAAGGUUCCACUUCACUUUGGGCCAAAGGCUCUGCCUCCAUCUUCAACCUUUUAGCCGGCCUUUCGUGCGCCGUGUCCGCGUCUCUUUGGUCUGCAGGAGGUUCCGGGGAACCGUUUUGCUCGUGUCCGGGUGAGCCGGGGUGGCUGCAGCCGUUGGAGUUGUUGUCUGGUGUGGGAAGUGUGGCGUCGCCCGAGGGACCGUUGGACUGGAGGGGCUCCGCUUUGACUUGGUUUGCCGGGACUAUGUGCACACCAUCCCCCUGAUGGCUGGAACUGUGGCCUGCAAUACCUAGCAAGGAGCACAGGUAUGUUGGGGUUAAAACAACACCGGCUAUCAGUGCACUAUUAUAUGCUAGGACUAUGUUAAAAAGCCAUAGCCUUUCAGUAUGUGGAAUCAAACUAUGGAAUGGAUUGAGUAAGAGUAAGUAACAAUGCACAACGAUGAGCCAAUUCAAGAAACAAUACAAGCAGUUGAUGUUUGCUAAAUACAAGGAUGAAGAGUCUUGAACCAGUCAUGAUGUGCUAUACAUAUCACUAUAUUGACGCUUACUAUGGUACCCAUUUUGUCAUUGGAUGGUCAUAUCACCUCGUACUUCGGUACGGGAUAAAACAAAACAAAAAACUAUAUUAUGGAAAGCAGGAAGUGAACAAAUGUAACAAUUACUGAUAGUAAAAGUACCAGAUGGAGGGUCAUUGUAUGGUCAUAUCACCUCGUACUUGGGUACGAGGUGCAUUAUUUAAAAAAAAAACCUUAAACUGUAUUAUGGAAAGCAGGAAGUGAACCAAUGUAACAGUUACUGAUUGUAAAAGUACCAGAUGGAGGGUCAUUGUAUGGUCAUAUCACCUCGUACUUCGGUACGAGGUGCAUUAUUUAAAAAAAAACAAAAAACAAACAAACCUUAAACUGUAUUAUGGAAAGCAGGAAGUGAACAAAUGUAACAGUUACUGAUUGUAAAAGUACCAGAUGGAGGGGUAGGAUUUAAUAAGCUUUGCUUCUUCCUACUCCUUUUGGACAUGUGGAACUGUGAACUGAUUAUGUGAUGCAUUCAAUUGUAAUCUGAUGCAUGUUCAAAUGAAAUAAAACCAUUACCAUUACUAUUACUUACUGGUUACAGUAAGGGAGAGCCUCCCCUGCUGGCCAAUAAAAACAAUGCAGGUUUAAGGUAUUGGAAAAGGAAACCAAUACUCGUAAGUCAAUAACUUCCUGUUCCGUUUUCUGUUCCUUUUUUAUAAAUGGAAUGUUUUUAUAGUCAAGCAUAGGAAACAUGUUUACAGCCUUCUAAAUAGAGAUUUAGCAUAAUAAGAGUCCUUAAGGCAUGAACUAACACCCCUAUAGCCACCUUGACACUACAUUACCUUUUAAGACAUGAAUAGCAAUAGCUACACUGGUCACAAGCUUUCAGUAACAUUGCAUUGAAGACCGCGGUGAAACUACUGUAUAUGGUAACAAAAUAGCUACACCUCCACUUUCAUUUGUGGAUGGCAAGCCAGCCAGGAGGAGAGCGAAAAUUGAAGAUUACAGAGGUGCAAAUCCAAACUACGACUUGUUUCUUCAUAUGAUAGUAACGAAUAUGAUGACAUUUCUGCCUGUAUCGCCAGGCCUUACUGUGCUUCUGUGUAUACAACUUUAGCACAGGAAGCUACAAGCUACAAGACGUAGCUCACCAUUGUGACUGCUGCUGUCUUCCUUCUCCGAGUGGCUGGCGCUGCUGCUGGACGUGGUGGGAGGGGGCGACGCCGCCCUGCUUGAGGCAGCACUUUCGGUCUCGUCCAAUAACCUGUCCAUGUAGUCUCUGAUGACACACACAGCAGUGUACGGCACGUUACACACUUUCUCAUGUAACUGACUCAUCUUUGUGUGGAGUUCGGUUAACAGAAACUUGCUUGCAAUAUAUUAAGAAUUUUAAGCUAACAGAGUGUUCCAUUUCACAAAAAAACAUUAUCUCAAGGUACAUUAGGGACACACUCCUCUCACAAACCAAGUCGUUGUAAAACCUCAAACAUAAUGACACAAAUUUUGAUAAAAGUAGCAGAUGAUCCACCAUGAAUAAUUGGCACUAUUAAUAUUAUGUGUUAUAUAAAAAGCCUUACGUGACACCAGGGUGAAGGUUGUAUUUCCUUUUUCCAAGUCUGGUUUGCUGUGCAAAGAAAUCAUAACGCUCAGACUUCUUCCACAUGUAAUAAAAGGCCACACAUUCUCCUACAGACCUAGUUCUCACCUGAAAAAAUUUAAUUCAGCAGACAUGAAAUAACCGUUAUUACCAAACAUUUCAAGGGAGAAAGUCAACACAACAGGCACAGGGACACAAAAGACACGUAUACACAAAAUACCUUUUAGGUAUGAUAUCACAGCAUGCAACAAGCAACAUCAAACUGUAAACACACUUUGAAUGUGAAAUUGACUUCAUGCUAUUACAUCUAUUUAGCUCUUUUAGCAUGACGUCAAUAAAACUUAGUUAGUUCUCUUACCUUGUUGGCCUGUAUUAAAUGAAAGUCUUUUCCAUAGGAUUUUAGUCCUUGUUCAAAAUUUCUACAUUCCUCCUCAGUCCAGACAGAAAGUUCCUCUGCAAAGACAACGUAGAGUUAUAAGACUGAAAUCCACAAAAAGUACAUCUCCUCCCUCCAACCCCCCAUGCAAGUGCUUCCUCACCUCUGGCUGCUUUUACAUUAAACCUAAGCCUCCUUAAAGCUUCUUCUGUGUCAAAGUCACAUUUCACCAGUUCAUAUAAUGCCUAAAAGGGAAACAGGGAAACUUCAUUAGCGCAAGAGAAAACAACACAUAACAACAACAUGGUGGUUUUAAACAACAAAGCUGUAUCAUUCAUUCAUUCAUUUAUUGUCUACCGCUUUUUCCUCACGAGGGUCGCGGGGGUUGCUGGAGCCUAUCCCAGCUGUCUUCGGGCGAGAGGCGAGGUACACCCUGGACUGGUCGCCAGCCAAUCACAGGGCACAUAUAGACAAACAACCAUUCAC